UCCGACCGUCAACGUCACAGUGACAGCAUGUUGCAGAGUUUGAAGUCUAACUAACUAUCUUAACUAUCCCGCUGCAAUAAAAAUGGAAAACAGCCAUAACCGCGGCAGCAUUACCUGACUGACAUCAGGUUCAGUGGCAUUUUCCCGUAAGACAAAAACGCCACCAGAGAGGACGACCGGUCGCUGAGCUGCUGUCUCGCUGCUGCAACAACUAACCUGGGUCAAUGUCUUGGUUGGAGGGUCGUCGAGAGUCUCUUCCUGUGAUCCACCAGGCGGUGCGGCGGCGUUUCUCCGGUCCGCUGCUGCUUCCUCCUCUGUGGAGGAGGCACUCCUGCCAGGAGCACCCAUGUGACACCCGACGGCUAUCUGCAGCACAAGGCCUGCCGCUGGACCGACUGGAAGUGUUGUACAGCCGAGCACUGGCCAGUCAUGAUGAGCACCGUUUUGAUGUGGAGAAUGGCCUGUCGGUGGGUCGCAGUCCACUGGACUCUCAGACUAGCCCGGGUUCGGGUCUGGUACUUCAGGCCAACUUCCCCCACAGUCAGCGUCGCGAGUCCUUUCUCUACCGCUCUGAUUCAGACUUUGACCUUUCGCCCAAAACCAUGUCCCGCAACUCAUCCACUGCCAGCGACCUGGAGGAGGGAUUGAAGAAUUGGGAAGUCAAUUGGAUGCCUCGGCAUGGAGAAGACAUGAUAGUGACUCCAUUUGCACAGGUUCUUGCCAGUCUGCGAACAGUAAGAAGUAACUUUGCUGCUCUGACACAUCUGCAAGAUCGUGUGGGAAACAAACGGCCGGCAACAAGCAACCAGCCAUCCAUGUGUAAGCCAUGUCUCACAGAGGAGCCCUACCAAAAGCUGGCGGUGGAAACACUGGAAGAGCUGGACUGGUGUCUGGACCAGCUGGAGACACUGCAGACCAGACACUCUGUCAGCGAGAUGGCAUCCAACAAGUUUAAGAGGAUGCUGAACCGAGAGCUGACACAGCUAUCAGAAACAAGCCGCUCAGGGAAUCAGGUGUCAGAGUUCAUCGCCAACACCUUCCUAGAGAAACAACAUGACGUGGAGGUCCUGUCUACACCUCUUAAGGAGAAGGAGAAGAAGAAGAGGCCGAUGUCACAGAUCAUUGGUGUGAAAAAGAUCACACAGAGCCCUGGCUUAGCGCCCGCCUGCAUUCCUCGCUUCGGAGUCAUCACACCACAAGAGAGCCUGCUGGCCAAGGAGAUUGAGGACAUUAAUCGUUGGGGUCUGGAUAUAUUCAAGAUAGCAGAAUUUUCCGGAAACCGCCCUCUGACGGUGAUCAUGUACUCCAUCUUCCAGGAGCGAGACCUUCUGAAAACCUUUAAAAUCCCAAUGGACACCUUUGUCACCUUCAUGCUGACCUUGGAGGACCACUACCAUGCAGACGUAGCUUAUCACAACAACAUUCAUGCAGCUGAUGUGGUGCAGUCCACACACGUCCUCCUGUCCACCCCUGCUUUAGAGUCGGUGUUCACAGACCUGGAGGUCAUGGCUGCCCUGUUUGCUAGUGCCAUCCAUGAUGUCGACCACCCAGGAGUCACCAACCAGUUCCUAAUAAACACCAGUUCAGAGCUAGCACUAAUGUAUAACGAUGCCUCUGUGCUGGAGAAUCACCACCUUGCCGUGGGCUUCAAACUGCUCCAAGAAGAAAACUGUGACAUCUUCCAAAACCUCAGCAAGAAACAGAGAGACUCCCUCCGCAAGAUGGUGAUCGACAUGGUGCUUGCCACAGAUAUGUCCAAACACAUGAACUUCUUGGCGGACAUGAAGACAAUGGUGGAGACCAAGAAAGUGACCAGCCUGGGAGUUCUGCUGCUAGACAACUACUCUGACCGCAUUCAGGUUCUGCAGAACAUGGUCCACUGUGCCGACCUAAGUAACCCAACCAAACCGCUGGAGCUUUACCGGCAGUGGACGGACCGCAUCAUGGUGGAGUUUUUCACCCAGGGAGACCGAGAGCGAGACAAGGGCAUGGAGAUCAGCCCCAUGUGUGACAAACACAACGCCUCCAUAGAGAAGAACCAGGUGGGGUUUAUUGACUACAUUGUCCACCCUCUGUGGGAGACAUGGGCGGACUUGGUGCACCCUGACGCCCAGGACAUCUUGGACACGCUGGAGGACAACAGAGAAUGGUACCAGAGCAUGAUCCCCCGGAGCCCGUCACCCACUAGCCCUGAGGAGCACCAUGCUGAGGUGGGACCAGGAGGAGAAGCUGUGGGAGCAGGAGGGGCUGUCCCUUCGGGAGGAGGGGGAGGAGGAGGAGACAAGUUCCAGUUUGAACUCACUCUGGAGGAAGAAGAGGAAGAUGAGGAAGAGGUGGACUCUGACCUGGAAAGCCCCCUAGAGGAGGAGUCCCAGUCGGGUGGGGAGCGGCACCAGGAUUCCUCCUCCCCCUCUUUGUCCCCAGAUCCCCGGAGCAGCAGCAGGUACCGUCCUCCCUCACCUCACCCAUCUCGGACCCUGAAUCUGGCUGCCAUGUCGGUGCGGAGCCCUCUCCCCUACAGGACGCUGGCCUCCCCGGGACGGGAGGGCACCGUCAGGGACAGAGAAUUGGGACCGGAGGGUGCCGACAGGGACAGAGAACUGAGCCAGGAGGGCGACGGGGUGGCCUGUCUGCGUAUGGGCACGUAACAACCAGCACAACCUGCCCCGCCUUAAAGACAUGAGAGCUGGAUAUGGUUAGACGGAGGCAGGGCAGGCCUUCACCAAUAAUGUCUGUAAAAUCACUAAAGUCCCUUUACACUGGACGCACCCUCUCUGGAGAACAGAGGGAUGCCCCCCCUCUGUUUUAUUUUUUAUUUUACCAAGAAGAAUAGUUUUAGCCUCUCUUUGGGUGCCUGAUUGGCCUUUUGUGUCCCGUCCUGCUUUGUUGUAGCUUCAGUUCGGAGCGUCCCAGACAAAGACUGCUGCAUUUUAACUGGGAAGAAGAGUUGAGGCAAGGGGGCGAUACUCUAACAAGAAGAACAAAAGGUAAAGGAAAAUGUCUUCCUUCAAAAUAACUGUUUGUGACAUUGAGACGUGCAGCGAUCCUCAUCCACAGGAUCGCUGUGGUUUGACAGGGUUUUGGAAUUUAUUUUGCACCAUAGUUUUAAUUUAGGAAAUGAAAUUACCGAGUCUGGUUGGAAUAAGUGAGUAUGAUUUCUUUAAGAAUGAAGUGAGAGAUGAAUCAUUUUACCAAAUACAGGAUGUAGGUGAGUUGUGAGAAAACAGUGGACCUAAACCUCAGGGGAUGAAGAGAAACAUAAAUCUAAUGUAGCACAGAUGUAGUGGGUAACCUUGACCUGAACCCUGACCCCAAACAGUCUUUUCCUGUUUGAUUUACCUCCAAAACAGAGACAAGUGAGACUUUGUUUAACCUGUGCAUCUCUACAUGUAAUUAAAACCCUUUAAUAGAAGAUCUGGCAACUGAAGCAAUCCAAUAAUAUAUAUUUAAACCAGCUUGUAGCACCGCAGAGCUUGAACACUGAAGAAGACUGUACCCUAGUCUCACCCGUUGAAAAUACAAAAGACACCACCUGUAUAAUUAGUUUAUUUUUUUACCUGAGAUGAUUUUGAAUGGUGUUUAGGUUGUGAUUUUUUGAACAGUUUGUUGUACAUUUGCUAGUCUUGUCUGUGUUUAUGUGCUUGAAAAGCAUUGUUUAUCAGGGUGCCUCCAGUCCGCAGUAGCACUUUACCGUCUCUGUCAUUCAGCUCUACUAUUCAGUCACACAAAGGGCUUCACCCACUGUAGGCCUACUGAUCACACAAACAGAUCACAGGACAUCUGACUCAAGGAACCGGAAGGCAGGACCGGAAACUAAUUUCAACAAAUAACUUAAAAGGAUUUGACAGAAAUUCACAGAUAAAAUAUGAAUUAUAAGACUCCCUCUAUUUUGUGAGCUGCUUCAGUUACUGAGGUCCAGAUAACCUUGCAGUAUUUACAAAGUUUUUAUUGUUAACCACUUUUAAAAAACAAUGAGUUUGUGGGCACAAGCAAGAUCUAGAAAAUUAUCUUUAUCUGUCUUUUAUUCUCCAUUUUUUGUUAGAGAACUGAUACUGUGAAUGGGUAAAGUGGUCCUAGUUAUGAUUUGCUAAGCCUCACCUUCAAAUUAAUAUGAUGUGGUCAAAAUAUGUUAGCACAGAAGCUUUGAGCUGUACUGUUAGCUAAUAUUCUAGCUAACAGUUCAUCUCAAAGCUUACGUUGAAUACCACAGCUCUCUGAUUCUGUUAUGUUGGGCAAAAGCAUGCUUUAACCUUUAAGGAUGUGGUUGGUAUAUGUAUUUACCUGAUGGGAUGUAUUUGUCUCGUUAUCAAAUCCCAUGAAAAGACCGAAACCGAUAAUGUGUUAGUUCCUUUCUCAAUGCUCCCCGACUUCCCUACCCUGUCUGUGGCUCUCCGCCCCAAGAAUAUUUGUUCCUACCCAGGACAUAAAUCUUUUAAAAAAUAUAUUUUUAUUCUAUUUUUUUUAAAAGGCUUUCUUUAAGGAGCUGGGCAGCGUACUUCUUAACAAACGAGACUCCAACAGAAGUAAAUAUUUGUUUAAUUAUUUACAGCAGCAGGAAAGUGGAUAGUAUAUAUGUGAUUGAUCCAAAAUAAACAACAGUGGCUGUGUUCAUUAUGAAGGAGCACGUCUCCCUGUGCAACAUUGAUGUGUUUUUAGUAGUUUAUGGAUGAUGACACAGAGGUAUAAGCUGCUACACAAACAUUUACUCAUUAGGAUCAGUUCAUUGUGGGUUUUGGUCUUUUUUUCAUGGGCUUUGUUGACAGUUAAAAUACAUUUCCACAUUCAUCCUUUAAUUUAGACCUGUCAUGAUUUCCUCACCUACAUUCAAUUUAUUUAUGGCCAAAAACUGACAGGAGCGCAGAUGCUUUUAGCAACACUGUUAAGCUGAUGUCAAAGCAGUUUAUUGGCUGGUUAUUUCCUUUCUCAAACCUCAAGUGAAUCUGAGCCUGAUUGUUCCUUUCCUCAAUUUUUGUUAUUUUAAAUAUAGUGGGGGAGGGGGUUCCCAUCAAAUCAGGAAGAAUCUUAUUAUUCCAAAUAAAUCACCUUGGUGUUACUUUCCCGCCCUGCCGACAGGUUCUGAUGUAGAGAUCACAAGAAGCACAGUUUCAAGUAGCCGACAGACAUUAAUCGCCUGUAGUUCAAACUGAACAGAUUGUGCUCCAUCAGGUUGUCAGUCUUAUUUGGUAGAUAUAGUGCUUGACUGGGAUAACUGUGUGCCAUAAGUGUUGAAAACACACAAACACCUGCCAGCCUACGAUGCUGUACAUUUUUACACUAGAGAUUUUAACCUGAUGAUUGUAUCGAAGUCAUUGACUUUAUAGUGUUAGUUUUUAUGAAUGAUACAUGUUAACAGUAUUUAAAGCAGACAAUUUAUUAGAUUUUGUGCAGCUUACGGUUGGCCUGUUCAGCCCUUUCCUAAUCAGAUAGCUGAGACUUGAGAAUGUGUGUAAUUUCAGGAGUCUUUCUGUACCAAGUACGAUUUCAGUCUAGAGCAGUGUUUGUCGCCGUCACUGAGGUAGAAAGACCAGGAAGCAAACAAGCACUACAACAACAUACGAUGCACUUCCUGGUCAGGCAGUAGUUGAAAACACUAGUCUAACAGUAUUUCAUUAACUCAGCUAGUAAGCUUUAUUGGUCAGCCUUACAUGUGAUAGGGGUGUUUGGAUCCUGUUGUUAAAGGACCAUUAUGCUGUUUUUUAACCUGCCGAGCAUCAGAACAUUGUUGGAUCUACACACAGAAUCAGGAUAAGAAAACUUUUCAUUUUCUAGUGACAGCAGCAAUAUACACAUACUCUUAGUGUAUUUGCUGUCAUUUUAACAAAAGAAAUUAAUUGCUGUGAAAACAAAUUAUGAAAUUUAGUAGAUGACGUUCUUUUUUUUCUCCUCCACUAUAUUUAGCUUAAAGUGUCAAAACUCCACAAUACAAAUGCCAUGUAAACCUAAUCAGCUGCAGAGUAGUUAAAUAAAAUGUCUUGGUUAUGCCCAGACUUUACCGCUAGCGCCAUCAACAGGCCAAAGUUUAUACUUGCACACAAAUGGAUCUAGGGGGCAGACUGUCUGCUUUCAUGGCAAACGCUUUAUAUUUUCUGAGCCUCUUGGCCUUUAUUUUAGCAUCACCCCCAAAUGAUAAAUCUUUUUUUUUUCCCCCCCCACUAAACUACUGGUAAAGCUCUCAAAACAGCGAAACCUUCAUAUUGUUUUGUGAAUCUAACAUUCACAGCAGUGAUCCAGUCUGUAAACACUGUCUGGUAGCUGUCGGUAGCUCUCCUGCAGUACAGGAAGUGAUGAGUUUUUACAUUUACAGAGAAGCCCUGUGUAGUUUGCAAAAGCAGUGUGCAAACUACACAGGGCACAAAGUACAAAUUGAUCAUUUUAAGCUUUUAGAAAAUACCUCAAUUUUGAAGCAAGGAAACACACCACUUCCCUCGUUCAGCAUGGCAUUUUCAUUGAUUACUGUGGAAGUGAAACUUAAAUCGAUUUCAGAUGCCAACAGUUUUCAGUCAGCUGAAUGAACAGGUGGUUACAUCGGCAUGUUAAAACUCAGUGCUGUGGCCCUUUACAGGAAGGCAUCAGUGCCAUAAAGUGUUAAAUGUACUGAUGAGCAGGAGAUCCUGCUCUUGCUCCGUUGUUGUGUUGCGCUGAUACUGCCACCGUUGAUGUUCAUGCAGUCUCGUUUUCCUCCGCCUGUGUCGUGCAAACUUCUAUUAAAGAUAUUUAUUCUUCAAAAUGUGUCUGUCGAGACAAAGUACUGUAACUUAGGACAUUUCAUUUUUUUGUUCUGGAGCCUAAAUCUUCAAGUAUACUUUACAAGUAUGUAUACCAUCUGCCACUCCAAUGUUGUUAAAGAAGAGAACUAUAUUUUUGUUUCUCAUUAAGCCAAAAGAGUCUCGGGAGUUCAGGGUGUUUUAAUUGGAAAAUGCCAAUAAAUUAUAUGGAAAUUUA